UUAUUAUUAAAAUAAGGAGAAAAAAAGUGAUUCUUUUUGGUGCUCCUUUUAUGCAGUAGUAUUAACAGUAAUAAUUAUUAUUAUUUUAUUAUUUGUUGUAAUAAAAUAAGCAAGUAGCUUUGUCUGAGCUUUUCUUUGGCUCUUCGGUUCAUCCAAGCAAGCACUUCAUCACACACAAACACACACACACACACACACACAGCUUAUGUGGGGUUUGUAAUAUUUCCUAGCCCCGAAUCGAGCCACCUUAACAAGACUCGAUGGAUCAUCCAUCCGAAGAUUCACCGUCGAGCUCGGACAAAUCGCUCGGGCCCACAAAUCACCCUCAAUUGCCGUUCCCAGAUGAAGUAUUAGAGAAAGUCCUUUCAUUCGUAAAUUCGCACAAAGAUAGAAGCUCGGUAUCACUCGUACGCAAAGAUUGGUACAAUGCCGAAAGAUGGACAAGGUCGAAGCUUUUCAUCGGGAACUGCUAUUCGGUUUCGCCGGAAAUCGUAGCUAGAAGAUUUCCGAGAAUUAAGAGCGUCACACUUAAAGGGAAGCCGAGAUUUUCCGACUUUAAUAUGUUGCCGCGAGAUUGGGGUGCUAACGUGCACCCUUGGCUGGUCAUGUUUGCAAAGGUGUACCCUUUUCUUGAGGAGCUGCGUCUGAAGAGAAUGACUGUCACCGACGAAAGCUUGGAGCUCUUGGCUAAGUCUUUUUCGGGUUUCAAGGCUUUAUCUUUGUCGAGCUGUGACGGAUUUACCGAAAACGGGCUCAAAGCAUUGGCUAGUCAUUGCAGGAACUUGACAGAACUGGAUAUACAAGACAGUAUAUCCGAGGAUGUCGGUGGAGGUUGGCUAAGUUCGUUCCCGGAAAACUUCUCGUCGCUCGAAGUACUAAACUUCGCCAGUCUCAACAGUGACAUCAGCUUCGAUGACCUGGAAAGACUCGUCAGCAGGUGCAAAUCUUUAAGGGUUUUGAAAGUCAACGAGACCAUCUCAUUGGACCAAUUGCAGCGCUUGCUCGUGCACGCUCCUCUGUUGACCGAACUCGGCACCGGCUCCUUCAUGCAAGAACUCACGCCACGUCAGUACGAAGAAGUCGAGACUGCGUUUAGUAACUGCAAGAAUCUAGAAGCUCUUUCGGGUUUGUGGGAUGCGAAUUCACUUUAUCUCCCUCUACUUUACGGAGCUUGUGCUGGUCUUACUUUCUUGAACUUGAGUGAUGCUCCCCUCCAAAGCGGCGAUUUUGCGAACCUUCUUGUUCACUGCCCUAAUUUGCGGCGCCUUUGGGUCAUAGAUACAGUCGAAGACAAAGGGCUGGAGGCAGUCGGAUCCAGCUGUCCCCUUCUAGAAGAACUCCGAGUCUUCCCCGCCGACCCUUACGACCGCCACCACCGCGAUGGCGUGUCGGAAUCGGGUUUCUUGGCGGUUUCUCAUGGAUGCCCGAAGCUCCACUACGUACUCUACUUCUGCCGGAGAAUGACCAACGCCGCUGUAAUAACCAUAGUGAAAAACUGCCCCGAUUUCACGCACUUCCGUCUCUGCAUAAUGACACCUGGCCAGCCAGAUCACCUCACAAACGAGCCAAUGGACGAAGCCUUUGGAGCCGUGGCUAAAACCUGCACGAAACUUAAACGCCUCUCUGUUUCGGGGCUUUUAACGGAUGUGUCGUUCGAGUAUAUCGGGAAAUACGCCAAGAAUCUUGAAACCCUAUCGGUGGCUUUUGCGGGGAGCAGUGAUUGGGGGAUGCAGAGUGUUCUAGAAGGUUGCCCUAAGCUGAGGAAGCUCGAGAUUAGGGAUUGCCCGUUCGGGAACACUGCUCUUCUCUCGGGUAAGCUGAAGUAUGAAACGAUGAGGUCAUUGUGGAUGUCGGCGUGUAAUGUGACUAUGAAGGGGUGUGGGAUUCUUGCAAGGGAGAUGCCGAGGUUGAACGUUGAGGUUAUUAAUGAUGAGGGUAGCGACGGGAGUCAAGCGGAUAAGGUUUAUGUCUAUCGAACUGUGGCGGGGCCCAGGCGGGAUGCUCCGGGUUUUGUUCUCACGCUUUGAGGGUGCGUGGAAGGUUAAGUAACACGGAAUACGAAUUUGGUUGCGGAAAAAAAAGCAAAACUUUGUUCUAAGGGAUCGAACAAAUUGAAGAAUGGAAAGAACGGAGCAAUAAAUAAAAGAAAGAGGUGAGUGUGUGUGUAUGUAUGUUUAUGACCAUGAAAGCGAGCCUCUUUCAAAUCGAUGAAGUUAUUUUCUUUAUGCAAUUCGUCGGAAAUGCGUAGAGAAAAUGGCUGGAGGGGAACAUAUAUUUGUGUAUAUGAAGACCAUUUCUUGCAAAGAGAAGAUUUCUCCCAAUUGAUUUUUUUUUUUUUGUUUUGGUUUCAUGCUGUAUUGUUUAGUUGCUUAAAAUCUGUAGAACUUCUUGUAUCAGCAGAACAAUUUUAGGAGUGCUGAGGUGGCAAGAUUCUGGAUAAUGGGAAUAUGUUGUUUAUUUAGUUAGUUUACAUGUUCCUGUAAUGUUAUUUGAUGUCCUUA